AUGGCUACUAGAAAACUUAGCUUUAUUUACUUGGCUUGUAUUUUAUUUCUAUUGGACAGUGCUGCCCUAGAGCACAGUUUGAAAACUUUUAUUCGGUCUCAUCCCUUGGGUUUAUAGAUGAGACGCUGAGUCUGGAGAGGCAACAGAGCUAGGUGCUAGCUGAGCAGGAAGCAGAGCCUGUGUCUCCUGCCUCCCACACCCAGCACUCGGCAUGGGUCUGGCCCCUUGUCCCUACCUGGUAGCCACAGCGUCAGAUUCCUCGCUUUGCGAGCAGAGGAGAGCGUGUUUAUGUUCUCUGUAGAACAGGGAGUGUUGGACAGAGCAGGAAAAGGUCAGUCCUCACAUUUACCCUGUGAUUAAGUCAACAGCUUUACUUUGCACCAGCAUUGCAAUUAGCUCUUCUCUGCCCUCUGCUCUGUUCUCUUGUAUUGCCAUUCUGGCAUGUGUUGGGCACAAGAGGACGAGAUGCAAGCUUAGGCUGCAGCUCUUUCCAAGAGGUCGUCCUUUUUGCUGGGGAGAGUGUGGGGUAGCGGUGUCUCUCUGGUUUCGUGCCUUGGGCACUGAGUCUCCUCCGUCCUCUGUGGAAUUUGGGCAAUGGUCUCCAAGGUGAGGACUAAAUGACACAGUGUACAUGCUGGCAGAGUGCCCACUGCAAAGAAGGCCCUCAGUAUGUUUCUUGAAUUUACCUAAGAUCAAACACUGACUUUCUGGGUGUUGGUAAGUCGGAGGAGAAGAUGUCACAGAGUUGAGAAAAAAAUAGGCCCAGGCCAGCCCUGCAAGUAAGAAGCACCGAGUAGCACAAGUCACACCUGCAUGUGUGACUUUGCAGGGUCUGGAGUAAUUUUUAUUUUCUUACCCGGACAUGUUUAUGUGGCCUUGGGAAAGGACAAGGCAUGUCAUACCCACGACCUGUACUUAAUCCUUGCAGUGGCCCUGUGAUCUGCAUUGCCAGCGCCCCCCUUUUAUUGCUUGGAUUUGAGGGGGCAGUUUUAGGGGCCUGGGCAGCUGCUGAGGGACAAAGCUGCUGUAUGCACCAGAGCACCUCAAAAGCCUUUUACCUCACCUGUUGGGCCUCCUGGGCCAUCAGGCGGGGCAGGCACCGGUGGUCGUCAUCCCUUAGAAAGUGGGUCUGCACAGUGCACCACUAGUGCCCUCUCCUUUGUUACUCCUCUGGUGCUGGUGACAUUUUUGGCUCAGAGACUCGUUGGCUUUGAGGUUGCAGACCCACCAGAGAAUCCCAGCUUGUUUUGCCUUUUUAAAUCUGUGCUCACAAUUUGGCGGGAGUAGGAAGACUGUUUCGGGACACCGUGCCUGGUGCGUAGUGGCUAAUAAUAUUAACAAGUGUUUAUCGAGAGCCUCCAGGUGCCAGGCACGGCUCUAGGCACUGGAAACACAGCAGUGGAUUAACCCUCCCUCCCAGUGGGUCCUUUCUAUUCUAGCUGUACUGUAAACACUCAGCCGUCAUUUGAACUUCAGUGGGAUAAUGACACCAGUGACCUCAAAUCAAGCACCUUCUCCUCUAAUCUCUGUUAAUCAUUGUUGCUUUCAAGGCUCCAUACUUCUCUAGUUUUUCAAAAGAUUUGGUGCAGGAACGGAGCCUAACUCUCGUACAUCUCUUGGUAGGAGUGAUAAAAAGUGUCCAACCUGAAAUGAGAUCGUAUUUUGCAGCUUGAAAGGAAAUCUCUAGAUGUAGUUUGGUUUGAUGCACUGACCACACUGAUGGGCCCCAUGGCAGGUGGGCCGACGUCCCAGGAGCACUGGGGGUGGGUGGGUUUUACUUCAGGGUUCACAUAAGACCCAGCUCAUGAAAGCCCCCGGUGAAUUCUCGUACACAUAGUGCUGUAGCUGUCGAAGUUAUUUUUGUUCUUGUGUGUUUCUAAUUUUUGCUUGUUCCUCUUUCUUUUCUUUUCCUUUUUUUUUUCUAUCAUACCGCCCUGUGAGUGUGUUGUUGGGUCUGAAAAGACAUUACAAGAAGAGAUGCCAAGGACGCAUGCGGAAACAUGUGGGGGACUUAUGUCUUCAGGCCGGGAUGCUGCAGGACUCCUUGGUACAUUACCACAUGUCGGUGGAACUUCUCCGCUCAGUGAAUGACUUUUUGUGGCUUGGAGCUGCCCUUGAAGGGUUAUGUUCAGCUUCUGUCAUCUAUCACUAUCCUGCUGGAACUGGUGGUAAGACUGGAGCUCGAAGGUGUCAGGGCAGCUCUCUUCCUGCUGAAGCAGCCAACAGACAUCGACCGGGGGCACAAGAAGUUCUCAUUGACCCAGGUGCCCUCACCACCAAUGGCAUAAAUCCUGACACCAGCGCUGAAAUUGGACGUGCUAAGAACUGCCUUAGCCCCGAAGACAUAAUUGACAAAUAUAAGGAGGCCAUUUCCUAUUACAGCAAGUAUAAGAAUGCUGGAGUGAUCGAGUUGGAAGCCUGUGUCAAAGCCGUACGUGUCCUCGCCAUUCAGAAGCGGAGCAUGGAAGCUUCAGAAUUUCUCCAGAAUGCAGUUUAUAUUAAUCUUCGCCAGCUUUCCGAAGAAGAGAAAAUUCAGCGAUACAGCAUCCUCUCUGAGCUCUAUGAGUUGAUCGGCUUCCACCGCAAGUCGGCGUUCUUCAAGCGCGUGGCUGCUAUGCAGUGCGUGGCCCCGAGCAUCUCGGAGCCUGGGUGGAGGGCCUGCUACAAACUCCUCCUGGAGACGCUUCCCGGCUACAGUCUGUCCCUGGAUCCAAAAGACUUCAACAAAGGCACGCACCGAGGCUGGGCUGCCGUCCAGAUGCGUUUGCUUCAUGAGUUGGUCUAUGCCUCCCGAAGGAUGGGGAAUCCUGCUCUUUCUGUCAGGCACUUGUCCUUCCUGUUACAGACCAUGCUGGAUUUUUUGUCAGAUCAAGAAAAGAAAGACGUGACUCAAAGCCUGGAGAACUAUACGUCCAAAUGUCCUGGGACGAUGGAACUCAUCACUCUCCCAGAUGGCCUCGUGCUGCCUCCGGUGCCCUUCACCAAACUGCCCAUCGUCAGGCGUGUGAAACUGUUGAACCUUCCUGCCAGCCUCCGGCCACAGAAAAUGAAAAGCUUGCUGAAUCAGAACGUGUCGACCAAGAGCCCCUUCAUCUACUCACCAAUUAUUGCACACAACCGUGGAGAAGAGCGGAACAAGAAAAUAGAUUUCCAGUGGGUUCAAGGAGAUGUGUGUGAAGUUCAGCUGAUGGUAUAUAACCCAAUGCCAUUUGAACUCCGCGUUGAAAACAUGGGGCUCCUCACGAGUGGCGUGGAGUUCGAGUCUCUCCCGGCGGCGCUUUCCCUUCCUGCUGAAUCUGGUCUUUACCCAGUGACGCUCGUUGGGGUCCCACAGACGACUGGAACGAUUACUGUGAAUGGUUACCAUACCACGGUCUUUGGUGUCUUUAGUGACUGUUUGCUGGACAACCUCCCGGGAAUAAAGACCAGCGGCUCCACAGUCGAAGUCAUUCCUGCUCUGCCCAGACUCCAAAUCAGCACUUCUCUGCCCAGAUCUGCACAUUCACUGCAACCUUCCUCUGGUGAUGAAAUUUCCACUAAUGUGUCGGUCCAGCUUUACAAUGGAGAAACUCAGCAACUUGUCAUUAAAUUGGAAAACAUUGGAAUGGAACCACUGGAGAAACUGGAAAUCACCUCAAAAAUUCUCACCACCAAAGAAAAGUUGUAUGGCGACUUCUUGAGCUGGAAACUAGAAGAAACUGUUGCCCAGUUUCCUUUGCAACCUGGAAAGGUGGCCACUUUCAUCGUCAACAUCAAAGUGAAGCUGGAUUUCUCUUGCCAGGAGAAUCUUCUCCAAGAUCUCAGUGAUGACGGGAUCAGUGUGAGCGGCUUUCCACUGUGCAGUCCCUUUCGACAGGUCGUUAGGCCUCGAGCGGAGAGCAAACCUGUGAACCCGCCUGAGGGCAGCAAGCCUGGAGACCCGAGCCACGUGAAGAAUAAGGCAUCACUGAGACAUGGAGACGUUUCUGAGAUGGGGACUCCUGCAUGUGUGCUAAGAGCAUCUGCUCAGCCUCCACUGAGGAAGACGCUUCAUACCCUGGAAGCUAUCCUGAAUUUCAAAUACUCUGGAGGCCCGGGCCAUGUUGAAGGAUAUUACAGGAACCUCUCCCUGGGGCUGCAUGUAGAAGUUGAGCCAUCUGUGUUCUUCACCCGAGUCAGUACUCUGCCUGCAACCAGUACCCGGCAGUGCCACCUGCUCCUGGAUGUCUUCAACUCCACGGAGCACGAGCUGACAGUCAGCGCCCGGAGCAAUGAAGAGCUCGUCCUGCAUGCCGGCGAGUGCCAGCGAAUGGCUAUUCAAGUGGACAAGUUCAACUUUGAGAGUUUCCCAGCCUCCCCUGGAGAGAAGGGACAAUUUGCAAGUUCGGAGCAGCUGGAAGAAGAGAGGCAGGAAGCUCGGGGCCUGGAGAUCAACAGCAAGCUGGACGUCCGUUGGAGAAUCCCCUCUCUGAAGCGCACCGGCGAGGCGAGUGUAGAAGGACUCCUGAACCAGCUGGUCCUGGAGCAUCUGCAGCUGGCGCCUCUGCAGUGGGAUGUGCUGGUGGACGGACAGCCUUGUGACUGCGAGGCGGCAGCCUGCCGCGUAGGCGACCCCGUCCGCCUGGAGGUGCGACUGACCAACCGGAGCCCACGCAGCGUGGGGCCCUUCGCCCUCACCGUGGUCCCCUUCCAGGACCAGCAGAACGGCGUGCACAACUAUGACCUGCACAACGCUGUCUCCUUCGUGGGCUCCAGCACCUUCUACCUCGACGCGGUGCAGCCGUUGGGCCAGUCAGCCUGCCUGGGGGCCCUCCUCUUCCUCUACACGGGCGACUUCUUCCUCCACAUCCGCUUCCACGAGGACAGUAGGAGUAAGGAGCUGCCGCCGUCCUGGUUCUGCCUGCCCAGCGUGCACGUGCGUGCCCUGGAGGCACAGGCCUGAGCCCGCUCCUGCCUCCUCCUGGGUCCCUGUUCCUGCGGGAGAAGUGACUAGAGAGCCACAUGGCGGGGCAAGGCCUUCCCUGCAGCUCCGUCCCCUUCUCCCAGCCCCCACCCCUCCUCCCCUUUCUCCUCCAGCAUCCUUUCUGGGCUGCACAGGAGCCCCUAGACAUGGCAGCCUCACCCCUUCCCAUACUGUCCGCCGGGGCCCUUCUGCUGGAGCCUGGCGCUUAGGCGGACGCUGACCAAACCCCAGAGAGUGGUGCCCACUCAGCCCAGGUGGGGGUCCCUGCACCUGUUCCCGUGGCCUGGAGCUCACAGCCCAGCCAGUAGGAAGAAAGGCAAGCGUGAGGGAGGGGCACGGCCCGGGUGGGCUUGGGAGCCUCCGUCAGCCUCCUCAGCCGGCCCUUGGAAUCCCCUGAGGGCUGGGUUUUCUCCCAGAGGCCCCGAGGCAGCAUAGGCAGGAAAGAUGGUGCCACUAUUGACACCGAGAGGGGCCACCUGCCCUUGCGGACAAACGCCUGGGCCUGUGCUGGCUGUUCCGGGCCCUGGGCUGUUUCCAGGGACCGUGGCCUGUGUGUAUGUGUCUCUGUGCCAGAUUCUCCAAUAAAGACCUGCCUCGCUCCUCUACUGGUC